AUGUCAAAGUACGUACCUCCACGAUCCAGAAAGGCGCAAGAGGUAUCGACUCUGGAGGCUGAGAAGCGACGCCAGCGACAACUACGAUUCAGCAAAGAAAAUGAUAAAGGCGAUCAGAAUGGGAAGACACAGCGGAAGAAUUCAGGUGGCUGGGGCCCUGGUGGCCGUUCUGCUGCUCCACAAUAUGGCUUCGUGAGUCGAGGAGAAGAUUCUCGACUUCAGCACAGUGAAGAAGCCCAGCGAGAGUAUUUCGAGUGGAUUUUGCAGACAUUUGAAGGAGAUAAGAGGACUGUCAAAGAUUUUAAGGCUUCUGGAAGUAUAAAAGGGGUCCAGAGCGGGAAUCAAACGAGCCAGAAAGACCAAAAGAAGGAUAAUAUAGUUGCAGACGGCAGAAGUACGUCCAAACAAGACAAAAACAUGUCUGCAAGCGCUGAAAAUGCAAAAGAACGAGCGACAGGAUGCAUCGAUUCCACAUUGGCAGCGUUGCGCAAACUCCGUGAAGCUAUGCUCCACCAGGAGCCCACAGAAUUCUCCGUGAAGGUCCACCUCUUUUCUGUCCGAGUAGCUGCACCGGUCGGCCACUAUCAAACAUACAUUCCUAGCAUUAAUUACCUACUAUCAAGUGGAUUGUUGACCAGCGACGAGAAGAAUGAAAUCGCGACGCUUUUGGUUCUCCAUGUAUCUCACCAUAAUCAUCAGGAUGAAAAGGCAUUCCGUAUUUUCCAACAGUAUCAUAUGCAAGAAAAGAGCAGCCAUUUAUACUCGGUGUUAGUUGCAUGGAGCACCGGUGACUUUUAUCGGUGGCUUGCCAUGUUCAAUGGAGAAAAUGACCCAUGUAUUUACUCGAUCAUGGCUGGAGGAUUGUCCAAAAUGAUGGGUCAUAUGGUGCUGUGUAUGACCCAAGCGUAUUUCACGCUACUGACUCGGGAGUUUGAGGAUAAGUUUCUCCCGAGAGGCAUGCUAGUGGGCGAAUUCUUGGAAAAGUAUGCCCAAAAGUGGAAGAUAGAGGAGGGCAGUGUGGUGAUACGAGAUCGGAGGGCAGGCAAGCGAUGA